AUGCUUGCGUCGGCGUCCACUGAACCUCAGCAACUAAACCAAUGUGGAGAGACGGGGUUCCAGAUAGUGGACCAGUGCAGCAACCAACCUUGUGCCUAUGAGGAGAGAGGUCCUUCUACGAGUGUGGAUGGAGAAACCUCUGUGUAUACCUCUUGUGUCGCACCUCCUGAUGGCGUUGACUGCAGCAAGUUUACGGACCUUGACGAAUGCGCUUCCAAUCAAUGCUCUUUUCUGAUGUGGAAGAAUGCUUUCAAGAAAUGUGUCAACAAAGUCCCAGAGAUGCCAGAAUAG